AUCUGUCAACAAACUCGCAGAAAGUUUUCAGUGCAUCGCGGAGACGUCGGCUUGUUGUGAUUGUGUUCAGUGUCGUUUCACUCAGUGGUUCCCUGCUUGAUUUUGUGGAUAAAUUGCGGUCGGCCGUCGGUUUGAACAAUGUGAACUAUCGAGAACGCUUUUCCUCAUCCCCUACACUAAGAAUUUACCUUCUGAAAGUGAUAAAUUCCACUACGGCACUCAUCUUUCUCAACUGCACCACCUUCUCACUGAAAAGAAUUUUCAGCUUUCCUUCACGCAAUGGCCAAGUAAGAGAAAAUCUUCCCGAUUUACUUUAUUUGCAUGAUUGUGAGCGACUCUCGCAUGGAUAUUACUGUGUUUUCAAUCAUAUUGUUACCUAAUCGCUACUAAAUACUCAAUAGCAGCACGAAUGUCCCUUCCUUGCUCGUUAAAAAGUUUAUUCCGUUUUAGUUUCCCCAAAAAAAUUGCGUGCAGCGCAAAAAGGAAGAAGUGAACCUAACUGUUCAACAGCAAAUCUAAUCGGCGCAAUUUCGACGAUAAUAAAACAGAUUGAGAUUCUCGCACAUUCGUUUUUAUCUCACGAAUAAUCAUGAUUCCUCGAUAUCGGAAAAGAGAAACAAUGAUUGUUUUUGUCUACGACACCGAGUGUUGUAAGACAGAAGCUGAUGACCCAGUCGAAGCCGUUUUAUAUUUUCAUCCAAGUUGGGUAUCCGAUAUCCAGAAACUAUCUCUAUGUGGACAGCUAAUGGGCACAACGCAUUUUCUAAGCGAAACUUUUUUUAAACCAAAAAUCAUUUCAUUGCAAAACGGAAAAUUUGUCUUAAAGGAGUUUGGGAGAUUUGUACUGGCUGUUGGAACCGAUCGAAACUUACCUGCGUCAUUACUGGAGCAUCGUGCUGAAUUAUUAACAUCACUUGUUAAACUCUUUCAUCGCGACAUUCAAACAAUUCACGACCAAUUUUCCAUUAAUGGGCAGUACAAAAAUUUAUCGGAGAAACUUUAUCAUAUUUUUGAAACAUAUCUACCAAUUCUACAAUAUAAUGGAAACGUUUUUCAAAAUGUGCCGACAUUGAGAUUACCCAAGAGCGCAAGUAACAUAUUUUUGGAUGCAAUCCAAACACUGCAAAGCUGUCAACAAAGUAAAGGUGUAUUAGGUGGUACAAUUCUAUACCACAACAAAGUUGUGGCUACUCAAUUGUCUCCGGAAAUAACGAAAAACCUCGUACUUACUGAUCCUUACAGGAUAAAAUCCACCGCUGAACCCGUAGCUGUUGACUUCUACGUGCCGAUAGGUGUACAACUAAUUGUUGUUUAUAUUUCUACUAAGGACUAUCGAAAGCUCGCUCAUGACGCCCAAAAAGCUCAAAGUGUGGUAAUGCAAACUGUGUCGCAUACCAUAAUGCCACAUCAAUUUCCAAAACGUAAAAUAAAACGCGAUAAAUCAUUGAUAUUCACAAAUAUUCCGGAAGAGGGUACAUGCGAUUCACAACCUCUGGCGAAUGGAAAUUUACGGACGAAAUCUAAUGCAAAUCGACCAAAUCAUUUGCCUCUUAAAUUCAAAAAUGUAACAGCUAAGGAUGUUCCAGAAAGCGGAUUUGCUUCGAUUAAUUUCGACGAGACUGAUAGCUAUCCGGAAUUCAUAGGACGGACGAGUGUUUGUUCGACACCAAUGACAGAGAACAAAAUAUUGCAUGGGCAUGUGAUGUCUAUAUGUGCCAAUCCGGUCGAAAAUUCAAAUUCAGAAGAAGAACCUCCAAACAAUGUAUCUAAGACUGAUAUAAAUUCAUCUAAGGACGCAAAAGAAACGAAUCCUACGGAAACGACAGAUCCACCUCAGCAGUCUUCUCUAUUUGAUAUAAAUAACUUCUUUUCGAAUUUUAUGAAAAAUCCACAAACUUUUGAACGACGCAAUUCCUUCACCGAUAUUCAGGAUUCAAUAAAAAGAAUGACAAGACGGUUCAGUCGGUCAUUCAGUUUAGGCUGGGGAAAAAUCGAAGUAAACGGGGAAGGGACAAGUACACCAGACUUUGUUGAUGAUGUUGAAAAGAAAAGCUCCUAUAAAACGAUAGCUGAUCCUACAUAUCCAGUAUUCAAUAGCGGAGGAGGUCCGAUUUCUAAAUCCCUGUUCCACGAAUUUUUGGAGUCCUAUUAUAAAUCUUGCGAUGAAGAUAUUAGGCAUGACGACAAGAUCAACCGACUAGUCGACGAAUUUCGAGAAUUUGAUGGCAAUAUCAAAUCAGAAAAUAAAAUUGACGAUUCUAAGGAAAAUAAUGAGGAGUGCAAAGAUGAUGUGACUGCUACAACCGAUAAUCAAUCGAAAGUGAGCAAAUCCACUCGUAAAUCUCUAACACUUCCACUUAAGCCGCUGAAUGAUGAGCAAAGCUCCAGUUCAACAAGCAUUUUCGAGCGGAAGAAACUGUCCGGUAUUCAGUUGACGCCACUCAUGACGAAAUUAUCAAUUUUGGCGUCGAAUGACGAAAGGUCAAGUGGUUUUGCUAGCUGGGACACAACCCCCGCAAUUGAAGCCGCAACGCCGCUGGAAAGUCAUAAAGGAUUACGACGUAAAUCAUCGUUAAGAUAUGAUGAAAUCGCGCCAGGAACUACCGAUCAAGGUUACCAAAAAGUAGAAUUGUACGUUUGUGGGCAACAAAAUAUGACUUUGUUGUUACUUAUGGAAGAGGGUGCAGGGAAAAAACAAGAAUUAGUACAGGCUAUGUUUGACACUUGUGUCUCCAAAUUAGGCCGGCUGGAAGUUAAUUUAAAUCAAACCUUAAAUGUAAACGUCGAUGGUGAUAAAAGUGAAGGAGGCUAUAGUUAUAUUUGCGUUGAUCCCAAGUGGGAUACGAUACAACGUGGUGGACCUUGGUCGCCAAAUGAUCUCAUUUCUCUAGAGUACUUGCAUCGUGACUUACAUCAGAAAAAUCCUAUAACGGAUUUAUUAAUAAGAACGGACGAUAGCGUUAUCUACGGUUACAAGUGUGGCCGAAAUGAGGUAUUCUACAAACAAUUAGCGCAUCCACAAAACGGUCUACCACCGCCAGCUGAUACUAUGGGAACAAUUUCAUUACGUGCGAAACGACGCUUAGAGCGUGACCAUGCGUACAUAUUAUUUUAAUUACGCUUAGAUUUUCGGUCUCAUUAUUUCCGAUUAAAUUGUAUCUGGCAGCUUACGUUUAUGAUCAAGUCUAGUGCAGUUAUAGCUCUAAACAGCACCAGAUGUUUUCUCACGGAUAAAAUACAUGAUAAUAAUCAAGAAACCACCAUACCAAUACGGCGCUUGAAAUGCAAACGUGACACAGUGCUGCUACCAUUAUUGUACUUGAUGUGGAAAAUGUGAUUUUUAUAUACUUUAGUGAAAAAAUUUAUGUCGAUAAGUUAAAAACGUUUACUCGCGUUCACACGUAAUUUAUUACAUUAGCUUAGUAAAAAAUAAAAUAAUCAUUACUGCUUAUAGAUGAGGUUCGUUAGAUAACUGAUACAGUGAUUGUCGAUAUACCCUUCAGUUUCCAUAUUCGUUUUAUCCAUUGAUUACUUUUCUCCCUAGAUUGUUUAGAAAUAUAUUAUUUAUAGUGGUAACUUGAUGGUAGGGUGCAAUAUUUAUACCGUUUUUAAUUUUUUAUCUUAAUUUAUACUGUAUAGAUAUUUUAGAAAUUUAUUUAAUUUAAUUUUCGUUUCUUUAGCUGUUUUCUAAGUCAAAUUAAACUCAGUCAAAUUUAAAGUUAUUUAUUGCUACCCAAAAAUUGAAGCUUAGCACUUUCUACAAAUAAACAUUGAAACUGAAUUUCAUAGAGGUUGGUAUAUAGUGGAGGUCUUCAUUAUACAUUCUAUAAUCUGCAAACAAGAGGCUUAAUUUUUCAAGUGUAGAAGAUUUCUAGGAGUGUAAGCGUUUAGUUAAUUGAAUGGUUAUCACAUUGGUCUUAGUCCGUAAUAUGUUUAUUAUACACAGCUACAACUUAAUAUAAUACAUUCCAAAAGUAUUCUAGAAACAAAUGAUACAGAUUGAUGUUCAAAAGAAGAUAGCCUGAAAUGACUUCCACUUAUUUUCGAGUAUUAUCAAAUUUGUUGAACAUUCUGUAAGUUUUACAUUUACUGAUUCUUAUUAAUUAUUUUCUUAGCUAUAUUUACAUUUUCUGUUAUUAAUACUUAAGUACAAAUUUUACCAGCAAAUAUUCGUUCCUGUUAUACUAAAUCAUAGAAAUUUAUUCAUCAACGAAUUUGUCCAACAUAAACUUUGUCUAUGAUAAAUAAAAUGAUGUCCCCAUCUA